UCUAUGGCCAAUCGUGAAUUUUUCUUGUUUUGUGUUUUGCGGUGAUAUUUCUGGAAAAUUUUGAGAAUUAAAUAGUUCAAGAUGUCUCAGCCUACUGAUGCUGGGCAAUCUACAGAGGAGGAGUCUUUGAAAACCAUAUACGACCAGGCUAUGAAACUGUUUGAUUCUAUUGAAAGCGGUAGUGAAGCUACCAACAGUGAUGCAGUUCAGAUGAGUAUUAAGUCGGCAAUAUCAAAGUUUGAGAAGGCGACCAACCUAGUGUCUCUCUCGGGGAUGUUCAGCCGUAAUGAGAACCUCGAGGAGCUGCCAACGGAGACAUUACAGUACUUAUUGUUGCCUGCGUUACUCGGGACUCUUACUUUGAAGCGGAGUGGCACGCCCCGAAAAGACUUGAUACAAGUAGCAGAAGUAUAUUUCAAAGACUUUCUACAGAGAUGUAAAGACUAUGGAGUGACAGACGUGGAGGUGCCCGCUACAAGUGACAGCCAGGGCACGGUGGCGCGCACUCAGAGUGAACAAGCCAAAAUUGCUAGCAUGGUCAUGACAAGGGAAGCCAAAAUCAAGAGGUAUAAAGAGAUGAAAGAACUGAAGGACAAACUUAGCACACUGUCCAAGGCCAUGGCCUCACCUUCUGUAGAUGAUGACACCAAGAGAACCUACUUCGCAACGCUGCUCCAGAACUAUGUGAACCAAGCCUUAGAUGAACUCAGUAGUAUUGAACAGGAAAAACCCAUUUUGGAAUACAUGGAGAAGCAUGCUGGAGAGCCCAAGCCGUCCAAGGCGCCGCCGCGGACGCCGCUGAGGCCGGUGAUAAUCACGCGCGACGCGGUGCAGAAGGCGGUGUUCGGCGCCGGCUACCCCGCCAUACCCUCGCUCACUAUCGAGGAGUUCUACGACCAGCGCGUGCGGGACGGCAUAUUCCCAGGCGGCACAAAUAUCCCGCACCAAACCAUACAAAGCACAGAAACAGACGGCGAUGAGGAAGAAAGAAUUCGCAAGGAGCGUCUAGUAGAAGAAGACGACCCAGAGGAGUUGGCUCGCCAGCGCGGCAUGGACGAGUACAAGGACGACCACCGCCGCGGGUGGGGCAACCGACACAACCGGAGUUAGGA